AUGGCUGUCCCUGUGUCCUCGAGUGGCCCGUCCACAACACCGUCCCUGGCCCGAGUUGACGCCCGGGACCCCGAGACCACAGCGGACGUGGUCCAGGAGUUUCUCGAACGGGACGGUGCCGUCAUCGUAACGAACCUGAUCACCGCCGAACAGGCGGCGCAGAUCCGGCGCGAUCUCAAACCACAUUUUGACGCCGACGGGGGCGAUAAGAGCGGCUUCUUCCCCAACACGACGCGGCGGGCCAUCGGGCUCUUGGGCAAAUCGGCCACGUGCGUCGACCUGGCCCUCAACCCCCUCUUCAACGAAGUGGCGUCCCGACUCCUGACGUCCAAGUUCGAGUACUGGAUCGGCCAAGAGAGGCAGUUGGCCGUGUCCAAGCCGCAGAUCUCCAGCACCGUCGGGUUCCAGGUGAACCCGGGCAGCAGGCAGCAGGGCCUGCAUCGGGACGACAUCGACUACCACGUCCGGUCGGGCCACGACUCUGUGCUGAUUGGCUGCGUGGUCGCGACGGUCAAGACGACUCGAGAGAACGGCGCCACCGUCCUCAUCCCGGGCUCUCACCGAUGGAAGGACGAUCGCUGUCCGUACGACCACGAGGCGGUGCCGGCCGAGCUGGAGCCGGGCGACGCCACCAUCUUUCUGGGGAGCACAUACCACGCGGGUGGUGCUAACCAGACAACGGACCAAGUCCGGGAGACAGUCGGCAUCUUUCUCACAAAAGGAAUGUACCGCCAAGUCGAGAACCAAUACCUGACGGUCCCACCAUCGGUGGCGUCGUCGCUGCCCACAAAGGCGCAGCGCCUGCUCGGGUACGGGGUGAGUCCGCCGUUCUGCGGCUUCGCCACGGAUUACAAGGACCCCAUGCAGGAGUUGUUUGGCGUCGUGGAUGCCGAGACGGUCGUGUUGUGA